CUGAAGCCACACUGCCACUGUCUCAAGGCUGUUGUUGAUUGAGGUAGAAGUGUGAUCGAGUUCAGAAAGAAUCUCAUCGGCAAAAGGCAGGCAAAGAUGCCAAAAAUGUAUCCAGCUGGCCAGAAGAGUUUACAGAAAGAAUGUCAACGUGAAGAGGAUGUCUCUGAAGAGAGGAACAAAAGAAAGGGUAGGACUAACAUUCAGAGACCCCGCAAAAUUAUAAAUCGUAUCAAGGUGAGAGACUGUAAUCCUCGAUAUAUGGGCCCAGAUGAAGACUUAAACAGAUUGGGCUCCAGUUUGGGCAGACGCUGCUACUUGAAGGACAGUAAUGCCCACAAGCCGUCAGAAUCCUCGAAGACUAACACAGUGAGGCCCGAGAAGAUAUUGUGUCCAAAUCAAACUGGAGAAGAUUUUCAACAGAAUGACAACUUGUCCUCUCUUCAGAGUCGUCCACAAAUUAAACAACCUGAUAAGAAUAGGAAGAAACUGGCAUCUGCAACAAAGAACUUGGUAACGGCCUCUCAGCACCCUAGAUUUCAGCCUAUUGUGAAGCUAACAAGGAUCGAUGCCAUCAGAUCUCAAGGAGUGUACAAUCUAAAUCCAAUCCGCCAACAGUGUGUGAGAACAUUUAAAUACAAAUUGAAUUCUAAAGAUAAUGGAGGGAUUCAUGGGAGUAAGAAACUGUAUCACUGUCUUGAAGGUGGAAGACAAUUCUCAGAUAGUCACAUGCCUAAGAAACACAGAGAAGAUAAUACAGGGAUGGAGUCAUACCAACGUUCUGAAUGUGUUAAGAACUCCUCAAAACACAGCUAUACCACAACUCCCAUUGUAGAGAAACCAUAUUUGUCUAAACGUGGCAAACGAUUCUCACAAGUGAGCCACCUUCAGACACACAUGAUUGGUCACGGAGAACAGGGUUUAUGUCAUUGUUUACCACAUGCUGAACAUUUCUUUGACAAUAGCAGUCUUUGCAAACACAAAAGAGUUCACACUGGAGAGAAACCAUAUUGUUGUUCUGAAUGUGGCAAACGGUUCUCAAAAACAAGCCAUCUUCAGACACACAUGAGAGUGCACACAGGAGAACAGCCAUUUUCCUGUUUUAAAUGUGACAAACGGUUCUCACAAAAAUGCCAUCUUCAGACACACAUGAGAAUGCACACAAGAGAACAGCCAUUUUCCUGUUUUGAAUGUGGCAAACAAUUUUCAGAUAGCAGUAAUCAUCGCAGGCAUUUAAGAGUUCACACUGGUGAGAAGCCCUAUUGGUGUCCUGAAUGUGGCAAAAGAUUUUCCAACACAAGCUGUCUUCUGCGUCAUGCAGAAGUCCACAAUAAAGACCGUCCUUAUGCCUGUUCUAAAUGUGGCAAGAAAUUCUCAACAAGCGGCAAUCUAAAUAAACACAACAGAAUUCAUUCUGGAUUACAGCCAUAUUGUUGCUCUGAAUGUGGCAAGCGAUUCAUACAAUCCUUUAGUCUUCAGCGACACGUAAGAACUCACACAGGAGAAAAGCCAUACCGUUGCUCUAAGUGUGGAAAAACAUUCAUACAGAAAACUCAUCUUCAAGGACACAUGAAAAUUCAUGCUAAAAAGGCAAAGUCCAAAGAGACUGUAAAUAAGAAAAAGAAAAAUCAGAAAUAAUUCAGCCAGGUGUGGAAAGAAAAUUGGAAUUGCUCUGCUAGUUGGUUACACAGAAUGCAUUUGACUAAAUUUGGCAGACUCAUUUAGGCAACGCUGCUUAUUAACUUACUGUAAGUGGCUUUUGCACUAAUGACUAUUGCACAUUGUACACAGGUCUACUUUACAAUUCCUAAUGUUAUUUAUCUUAUGUUAUACUUCUAUGCUUUUUCAUAUUUUAUUGUUCUACGAAGUUGAGAGAGAAACAGGAUUUUGAUUCUCCUGUAUGUUCUGCACAUAUAGUGAAUUGACAGUAAAAGGCUAUUUGAUUUGA